AACACUGACUGCCUCGAUAAAAAUGAUGAAAAUAUAACUUCGAAAUGGCGUCAAAACAGUACGAAGAACAGUUAAAGCGUCUGCAAUCAGAGCAAAAUAAAGCAUUGAAUGAAACAAAAGGUCAACUUGAUCAUUGGCAAACAUUCAAAGCAGACUAUCAGGCCUUGAAGGAAAGAUUGGUAACAUUACCAGACCAGCUUACUCAUGAUGUGAUGGUGCCUUUUGGUAAAAUGGCAUUUAUGCCUGGGCAGCUUGUUCACACCAAUGAAAUACUUGUCCUCCUGGGAGAGAACUGGUUUACAGAGAGGUCAGCCAAGCAAGCAGCAGAAAUUGUUGACCGCAGACUCUUGACUGUGGAUAAACACAUAGAGGACCUUAACAAACAGUUGGCUUUACUUCAGCCUCGCCGAUUCACAGCUGAUUUGGAAAACAUAAACAAGGGCCAGGACGGAGUGGUGGAUAUCAGGGAAGAUUAUGACGAGGAAAAGGAGCUGGCCUGGAAAGUUGAGCAUCGUAAGAAAGUACAGUCCUACAAAAGGCAGCUUCUGGAAUACAACAAUAGAGAAGAUUUGGCAAAUCAAAAUUUGAAAGCAAAAAAUAGAGCCCCCAGUAAGAGGACUGACGAGGAGUUAUGGAAUAGACUGGACCAGUUGGAGCAGCUUGAGACACGCAGGAAGGAGAUGGCAAAAAUCGGAACAUCAGCUGAAUCCAAAUUGGAAAACCAACCUUUUCCUGAAUGGGAAACAAACAGCCAAGGUCACACAGGUGAAUCCAACAUGAGAUCAUCAGAUGGGUCCUGGGUACCAUUGACUAAUACAAGUAAACAUUCAAACGAAAAUGCAUUGUCAGAAGGUUCAUUGUCAGAAUCUGUAUCCAGAAGUAGUUCAGAUAAUACAAAUCAAACAGUUCACCAAUCUAGUGCAAUGCAAAACACUGUUAGUAGUGAACAUACCACAGCAAAGACAUCUUCAGGGACUGCUUCAACAUGUGGUUCAGAUAUUGGAGAGAAUACUGACGGAGUACAUAAGGAUGACAACACUGCAACAGAGAGUGAUAGUGAAUCAGAUAUACUGGACUCUGAUGAUGAUGAUGUGGAUACUGAUGAUGGUGGGGAUGGGAGUGCAGAGAGUGAAGAGGAGGGGCAGGGGGACGGUCCAUCUGUGGGGAAGGGUACACUUAUCACCUUCAAACAUACACAAGCACAACAGAUGAGCACUGCAACACAGGUAGGAGAUUUCCCACAAACCCCGGGUGAGCUAUACACCAGAUAUUACAAACCAAAGUCCAGCCUAAAGACUCCAGUGGAGCCAGGUAAACGCAAGGUGAAGAAAAAGACAGCAGUUCCUAAGGUGGCAUUUGAUACAGCGUCGGAAGAUGAAACCAUUCAUACUGUACCAGUUAAAAAGAGUUUCCAGAACUUGCUACCUGCGUUCAGUGGUGCAGUGUUUGAGAGACCUGUUUCUAAGGUUAUUGAGGACAAUAGUAAAUCUGUUGUUAUGGCAACCAACCAUAAUGAGGUCUUCAGAAAUCCUGUGGUAGAGAGGACUAUUGGUCAGUUGAAAAGUGAUCGGGAAGACAAGACGAGCAGUAAGCCUGUCUCGAGGUUCAAAGCUCAAAGACAAAAAUAAAGAGAUAGCUUGAA